AUGCCCGAAACGGCAAGAAUCUGCAGGAUCCUCGCUAGGAACCCGGAUGCAUCUCUGGAAGCCAUCGCACUCCCUGAUGGGACGGUGGUGACUGGAGAGCGAUGUCUGGAGCAUCUACUGGAAGUGAGCUUUCCGGGCUUCCAUAGGGAGCCGGGAAAGUUAUUUGCAUAUAAGGAGCCGGGCUCACUCAGAAGAGCCCGACAAGCGGACUGGCGAAUGGCGGCCAAGAUUGUCAUGCCCGAGAAGGUCAAGUGGGCAAUCAACACCUUUAAGCCCUACAAGUCAGCGGGACCGGAUGGCGUCUUUCCGGCUCUUCUACAAGAGGGACUGAAACAGAUUGUGGGCCCACUGACUCGAACCUUAAGGGCUUGUAUCGCGAUGGACUACACACCCAGCGCAUGGAAACUGGCCAGGGUAGUUUUCAUCCCGAAGGCGGAAAAAACGAGCUACACCAAAGCAAAGGAUUUCAGGCCAAUUAGCCUAACAUCGUUUCUCCUUAAGACAUUGGAGAAGCUGGUAGACGCGCAUCUGAGGAAGACAACUCUGUGGAGGCACCUUCUCCACAAAAAUCAGCACGCGUAUCGUUCGUGCUAUUCCACCGAGACUGCCCUACAUCAGACGGUAGCGUUUAUUGAGGAGCAGCUGGAAAGGAAGGGCUACGCAGUAGGUGCUUUCUUGGACAUAGAGGGCGCCUUUAACAACCGCACGAGGUAG